AUGCAUGCUUGGACAGAGAGGGGGAGAAGGAAGGAGAUGAAUAAUAAGUUUGAUCUUCUACAUGCCCUCGUCCCCAACCUCUCAGAAAAGGCUGACAAGGCGACCAUAGUGGAGGCGACGAUAAACUACAUCAAGAAUCUCCAAAACGAGGUCUAUAAGCUCGAGACACUCAAGAUGCAGCAGCGCAAGCGCAUCGCCGCCGCCAAUGCCGACGGCGAGGGAUCCGCCACUCCUGUACCAGCGCCGCCGGUGCCGGAGGAGGAGGAGGCGGUGGCACCGACGAGGGAGACGGCGCUGGCUGACAUGGUGCACGUCUGGGAGGAGGAGGAGGUGGCCGGCGGUGGCGCUCGCCAUGGCUGGCGUGGCUCCCCCGCGCCGCUGCAGACAUGGACGGGGUCCAACAUGACGGUGAGCCUCGCCGGCGACGACGCCUUCAUCACGCUGUCGCUGCCGCGCGGCCUGAGCGUCGUGACGGGGGCGGUGUGGAUCCUGGAGAGGCACCACAUCGACGUCCGGACGGCCACGCUCUCCACGCCUGACCAGGACAGCAGCCUGCUCAGCCUGCACUGCCACCUCAGUCCAGCGUGCUCGAGCUCCCAGAACCUAACGCCCGUGGACAAGUACAAGCUGGCAGUGUCAGAGCUGAUGCUUUGGAUCGCCUCCUGA